GUGAAGUGUUUUUGUCGUUAAGUCUCCAUAAAGGAAGACCAUAAAAAAAUCUAGGAGACUGCUCCUUUGUCCUUAUCCUCAGGAACGUGAAAAGAGAGGAAAAAAGAAGCUUCACAUGGACAACAACGACUGCUUAAAAAGCGGAAAGUUCACGCAUAAAAACUUUGUAUACACUAUACGCAUGUAUUUAUCAUGAUUUUCUCUUCUUCACCCACAUUUCUAUUGCUCUUCGAGAAAUUAUAUAAUAGAAACCUCUAAUUAGAAAGUUCAAACAUUUGAUCCACAUAACUAGAUCCAUAUCAGGGGACCAUAACAACUUGAUAGGAGAGACGGGAGUAAUGGGAGAUCUAAACCAACAACAAUUAGCACAAUUGUUGGCUUUGUACCAAGAAGCAAAUGCUACCAGUUCAGCAAGACUGGAAGACUUGAAUGCUCGCUUGGAUGCACUAACGAAGGAUUUAGCAAAUUUAAAGGCAGAUGUUGAAGCAAUUGGUAAUGGCAAUCAAAAUCAAGGUUGGAAAGGUAAAGCAGUGGCUGCAGGUUCAAGAUCAGAAACAGGUGGGAAUUCCAUGAUUCCUAAACAUAUAAAGUUGGAUUUUUCACGAUUUUGUGGCCAAGAAGAUCCCUGGGGAUGGAUGAACACGUGUGAGCAUUACUUUCAACACCAACAUACACAAGAAGAAGAAGAAAUUGGACUUGCUUCUUUUCAUUUGGAAGGAAUUGCACAACGAGAGACGGGAGUUAUGGGAGAUCCAAAGCAAAAACAAUUAGAAAUUUUGGCUUUGUACAAAGAAGAACGUGCAACCAAUUUAGCAAGGCUGGAAGACUUAAAUGCUCGCGUGAAUGCAGUAAUGAAGGAAUUAGCAAAUUUAGAGGCAUAUGUUGAAGCGAUUGAAAAUGGCAAUCAGAAUCGAGGUUGGAAAGGUAAAGUUGUAACAGCUAAAAAAGAGACUUGUAAUGAAGGGUUUAAGAACGGUGGAAGGGUCUAAGGAAGGGUUCAAGGACGGUGGAAGAGUCCACGGUCAGGGAACCCAUCCUUGAACUCAAGCCUUGUGAAAAAUAUUCUAAGGCAAGGGUCUAAGGAAGGUGGAAAAGUCCAUGGUUGAGCCCAUCCUUGAACCCAAGCCUUGUAAAAAUUAUAAUAAGGUAAUGAUUUACGGACAGGUUCAAGGACGGUAGAAUGGUCCACGAACCGUGGAGAUUGACUUAGAAAAAUAAAACUCGCCAGUUAUUUUUUCAAGGUUAUAUGGGUCUUUUCUUAUGCGUCUAAUACCUAAACUAGGUCGUUUUAAUCCUAACCCUAGACCGUAUAUAAGUCUUU